UUGCGCUGUCCCUGCUCUGGCAACAAACGGUUUCAAACAAAAUGGCGCCCGCCAUGCGAGCCAUCGUGCGCCGCUUUGGUUUGGGUGCAUCUUUGCUCAGAAAUGUGUCUGCGAGGAGUAUCAGCACCCGCGGACCUCUCAGCCAACAGCCAAGUCCUCAACCAAAGGCAGAUGAGCCUGCAACCACUGGCAGCACAUUGCUGGAUCCCCUACAGCAUGCCGACUACUUUGGCAUCGGCAAGAUUUUGUCGAUGCGUGAGCUCUUCGACGCACGAGUUCACUUGGGCCACAAGGAGGGAACCCUAAACGAGCUCAUGAAGCCUUACCUCUUUGGCUCCAGGCUGGGAUACCUCGUGAUUGACCUUGAAAAGACCUUCGAUCACCUCUUUCGUGCACUCAACUUUGUCGCACACAUCGCGUACCGAGACGGCAUCAUCCUAUUUGUCACCAGGCACCAGCAGACCGCCCACAUGGUGGAGGAAACGGCCAAGGCGUGCCAGGAGUUUGCCCAUGCCCGAUGGUGGAGGGCCGGCCUGUUCACCAAUGCGACUGCCCAGUUUGGCACUGUCACGCGACUUCCCGACACGGUGAUCCUGCUGUCCACGCUCGACUCUGUGUUCGAGGAGCACCCGGCCAUCAAGGAGUGCAACAACAUGCUCAUCCCGACAGUCGCCAUCGUCGACACCAACUCCGACCCGCGCCUCAUUACCUACCCGAUCCCGGGAAACGACGACACACCAUCGGCAAUCCAGCUCUACUGCAAUCUCUUCAAGACCGCCAUCCUUCUCGGAAAGGAGCGGCGGAAAAAAGACCAGGAGGAAGCGGCGAAGCUGAUUGCUGACGACGAGUGGAGCCAGUGGUGAGAAGUCUAAGGUGUCAGAGAGCACUUAAAGGCAAGAACUCACUUUAAAGGCAAGAACUCACUUUAAAGGCAGGAACUCAAGUGUCACGUCACAGAACUUGUAUAGCUGAUAAAAUGAAUUGUGUAAGUAGUCCAGACACCAAA